AUGUUGCAUACUAACGUCCUCUUCUUCACGGUACUUUUGCUGAGUAUGUCACCUACAACGCUCGCAGAUUCUUACCGUAACGUCCCUGAUCCAUACCGCUGGAUGGAGGAUCCUGACGCUGAAGAGACGCGUCACUUUGUCGAUCAGCUUAAUGCGAUCUCGGAAUCGUUCCUAGCCAAAGCUCCAAGUCGCGAUAAGAUCAGAAAACGCGUGCUUUACCAACAGAAGAACUUGACUGAGAAAGGUGAGGUAUUCUUGGAUCCAAACACGCUCUCACCGGAUGGGACCAUCGCUCUCGCGUAA